CCUGGGACACGGACGCAUCUGUCCGGUCUCUGCCGCUGCUGCCGCUGCUGCCGUGGACCCGAGCCAUGGCCUCCGUCACCUGCCGGGUCCAAUUCCUGGACGACUCGGACCCCUUCAUCUGUACCAACUUCCCGGAGCCGCGCAGACCCCCGACGGUGGACCUGGAGGAGAACCUGCCGCUCAGCGAGCAGGUCGCCGGGAUCCACAAGCUGCUGGAGCCGCCGCUCAAGCUGGAGGACUGCACCCUGCAGGUGUCCCCCCACGGGCACUACCUGGACCUGGACUCGUCUCUGGCCGAGCAGCGGGACGAGCUGGAGAGCCUCUACGAGGACGUGGCGAAAGGAAGGAAGCCCAUCCUGAUCCUGAGGACUCAGCUCUCCGUACGCGUCCACUCCAUCCUGGAGAAGCUGUACAACUCCCACGGCCCAGAGCUCCGGCGCUCGCUCUUCUCCCUCAAGCAGCUCUUCCAGGACGAUAAAGACCUGGUUCCAGAGUUUGUGGCAUCCGAAGGUUUGAACUGCUUCAUUAAAGUUGGAGCUGAGGCCGACCACAACUACCAGAACUACAUCCUGAGAGCUCUCAGCCAGAUAAUGCUGUUCGUGGACGGCAUGAAUGGGGUGAUAAACCACAACGAGACGGUGCAGUGGCUCUACGCUCUCACAGGAAGUCUGUCUCGUCUGGUGGUGAAGACGGCCCUGAAGCUGCUCAUCGUGUUUGUGGAGUACGCCGAGUCCAACAGUCCUCUGCUCAUCCAGGCCGUCAACAUGGUGGAUGGAAAGAGAGGUGUGAAGCCGUGGACUUACAUUAUGGAUGUCCUGGAGGAGAAGAAUGGCGCCGACACGGAGCUGCUAAUGUUUGCCAUGACACUCAUCAAUAAGACGCUGGCCGUGCUCCCGGACCAGGACUCGUUCUACGAUGUGACGGACUGCCUGGAGCAGCUGGGCAUGGAGACCAUCAUCCACAAGCACAUGAGCAACAAGGGGACGGAGCCGGACCUGAAGGCCCAGUUCACCGCCUACGAGACGGCCCUGCGGUACGAGGACGGCGACGCCGACGACCCCUCCCCCCACCUCCGUAAGGAGAGGAGGAAGCUGGCGGCCAGCGAGCAGGAAGGACGCAAGAGUCGCCGCUCCUCCAGUCAGAACCUCCCGGAUCUCCUGUCCACCUCGCCCCCGCCCUCCGCCAUCCUCUCCCCCACAUCCACCACCUCCCCCACCUCCCCCGCCCCCUCCUCCUGCAGCCCCACCGAGGGGCUGGACAGCCGGGCCUCGUCCCCUCUGGUUUCUGAAGCCAGCAGCUCUGCCUCCAGUCCGUCUGGAUCUCAGAGAGGGUCGCCGCUGCCCCCACCCGUGGCCGCCAACGGCACCGUGGCAACAGAGGAGGAGGAGAAGGUGCCGCUCAGCCCGAGUCGUUCUUUCCUCAGCCAUCACAUGUUGGCUCUGGGUCUCAGCAGGAAGUCCAGGCUCUUCUCCAAAGCCAGCUCCAUCUCUGAGGAGCCUUUGGCCAGCAGCAGCUCGUCCUCCUCAGACCUCUCUCUCCAGGAGAAGUCAUCGUCUCAGCCGAGUGCAGAUCAGUCCAAGACGGACACCAAGACUGGUUUCAACUCUGUGGAGCCUGAGCAGCUCUUUUGCUCUGAUGACUGUAGUGUAAAUCAGGACAAGCCGGUUCUCAAGAGGUUUGAAGGAACCUUCCUGCGCAGUCUGGCCGCCACCCAGUGGGAGAAGAAGAGGCGGAGCAAGAACCUGAGCCAGUCCCGUUUGUCCUCGUCUGAUGAUGUCAUAACUCCGAGUCCUCAACCGGCUGCAGAACCUGGCGGCGGCUCGGCAGCUAACCAGCGUCAUGCUUCCACUUCCGGUAGUUUGGACACAAAUGGACAAAAAGAGUCCCAGAACAACCCAGCGUUUCCCGUGCAGAGACAGUCCAGCACGUUGUCUGACGAUAAGAAGUUCCUGUUGGACAUGCUCUACUCCAAAACCUCUGCCCCGGAGCCUCUGAGCCCGACCGCUGGGCCGCCCAAACCCACGGAGGAAGAGGGGACCCUCAUACCGGGUGAGGACCUGAGCGGCCGGGUGUCUGAGCGCGUCACCAGCUUCGGAGCGCGCUCCGUGGAGCCGUCGGCCCCCAGCGAGAGCAGCGCCACCCGCCGGGCGGAGCUGCAGGGCCUGGGCGGCUCCACCCAGGCGGCCCGGGCCCGGCUGGCCGAGGAGCAGAAGCGGCAGCUCCUGCGGCAGCAGAGCAGCGUGGACAUGGAGGCCCACGCCCGCCGCCUGGACACCACGCCCAUGACCCCGCAGGGCCCCGGGGGAGACGCCUGGGACCAGCUGCAGCCCAGCGCCGCCGCCCUGCGCAUCAAGGACCUGGACUUCUCCGACCUGCUGGACGAGGAGGACAUCGACGUCCUGGACAUGGACACCUUUGACUGCUCCUCCUCCUUGUCCUCCGGGUUCUCCGGCAUCCCCCCUCCUCCUCCUCCUCCUCCUCCAGGUAUGCCUGGAGCUCCUCCUCCCCCCCCUCCUCUCCCAGGAGGAGCGAUCCCCCCCCCACCCCCGCCCCCGCCCCCUCUAGGAGCUCCUCCCCCGCCCCCUCCCCCCUUCUCUGCCGCGGCGUCCAUGCUGCAGAAGAAGAAGAAGACGGUGAAGCUGUUCUGGAAGGAGCUGAAGCAGGCGGACGGGCCGCAGAAGUGUCGCUUCGGCCGCGGGACGGUGUGGGCGUCGCUGGACAAGGUGGCGGUGGACACCACCAAACUGGAGCACCUGUUUGAGUCCAAGACCAAGGAACUACCCGUCGCCAAGAAAGGACCAGAGAACAAGAAGUCUGAGAUUCAGGUCCUGGACUCCAAGAGGAGCAACGCCAUCAACAUCGGCAUGACCGUCCUGCCUGCCGUGCACGUCAUCAAGACCGCCAUCCUCAACUUCGACGAGUUUGCCAUCAGCAAGGAAGGGAUCGAGAAGAUCCUGACCAUGACCCCCACAGACGAGGAGAAGCAGAAGAUCCAGGAGGCCCAGCUGGCCAAUCCCGACGUCCCCCUGGGCUCAGCGGAGCAGUUCCUGCUCAGCCUGGCCUCCAUCCACGCCCUGCUGCCCCGCCUGCAGCUCUGGGCCUUCAAGCUCAACUACGAGACUCUGGAGAAGGAGAUCGCUGAGCCGCUCUUCGACCUGAAGCUGGGCAUGGAGCAGCUGGCGUCCAACCAGAGCUUCAGGAGGAUCCUGGCCACGCUGCUCGCCAUCGGGAACUUCCUCAACAGCUCCAGCGCCAAAGGGUUCGAGCUGAGCUACCUGGAGAAGGUGGUGGAGGUGAAGGACACAGUCCACCGUCAGUCCCUGCUGCAUCACACCUGCAGUCUGCUGCUGGAGAAUUACCCAGAAUCCUCAGACGUCUACUCGGAGAUCCCCGCCAUCACCCGCUCAGCCAAAGUGGACUUUGAUCUGCUAGCAGAGAACCUGGUCCAGCUGGAGAGACGCUGCAAAGCCUCAUGGGAAAACCUGAAGGUAGUGGCCAAGCACGAGACUAAAGCGGUGCUGAAGAACAAGCUGACGGAGUUCCUGAAGGACUGCACGCAGCGGAUCAUCAUCCUGAAGGUGGUGCACCGGCGGGUCAUCAACCGCUUCCACUCCUUCCUGCUGUUCCUGGGCCAGCCGUCCUCGUCCGUCCGAGACAUCAAGGUCACCAGCUUCUGCCGCAUCAUCAGCGAGUUCGCUCUGGAGUACCGCACCACCCGGGAGAGAGUGCUCACCCUCAAACGGAAACGGGCCACCCGCCGCGAGAGAACCAAGACCCGGGGAAAGAUGAUCACAGAGACGGAGAAGUUUCUGGGGGCGGUUCCUCGUGAGGACAGCCCGUCCCCCGUCUCCAUGGCGUCAUCAGAGGCGGGGCCGGAGCAGGAGGAGGAGCACGAGAACAUGAAGAACCUCCUGAUCAGCAGCAGCACCCUGAGCGUGGACCAGCGGGGCCUGAGACGCUCCAGAGCCGUCCGCAGUCUGGGCAGGGUGAGUCCGUCCCACAUGUCCGUCGCCAGAGACGACGGCGCCAACUCUCAGGACGACGCCACCGACGAGAUCAUGGACCGACUAGUCAAAUCCGUUACCCAGAAUCCUUCAGACAGACAGUCCAGCCCCAAGACCCGCAAACGGUCCCGCCUCAACAGGAAGUCAAUGAGGAGGACUCUGAAGAGCGGCCUCAGCGUGGACGUGGUUCAGGCUCUGGGACUCAACAGCAAGACGGGAGACAAAGUCUGACCGCAGACCUGAACUGAUCCAUCAGUUGAUGACGGACGGAUGUCAGAGCGGCCGCGAGGCUGCGUCUGGUUUCAGCUGCUGCGUGAGACUCUCACACGCCGCUGCGCUGCAGAAAUCUGAUGUCCGGUCUGCUGAACGAGGACUCGGCUCCGACGAUGAUCUUCCAGCACCGACCAUGAUCCCAACCAAGUCUUCUCAGUCCAUGAAUUCCUAUAGCAGCUCUAAAAACAAGAACAGGAUCAAAGUGGAUCCUAAUCAGGUCUCAGAGGGCUCAGACACCAACGCCCAGUGGUUUUAUCAGUCCUGUGUAUGAACCUCUGCUCUGCCCCGGUCUGGGUUUUUAUCCUCAUCCCAUGUGACGUUUGGUCUCAAACCUUCGCUGUUUUCAAGUCUCAACCGUCUUCAAACGCAGCACGUGUGUUUUCUUGAAUGUUCAUAUUUAUUCCCUCUCCCCUGCUGCUUUCUGUUUUAAAUUUGCAUUGUGGUAUUUUUGGUUUUUCCAUUUUUCUGACCUCCGUCCCGUUUGACCCGUAACUUCUCCAGGCAGCGUCUCUCUGUGCAUCAGCUGUAAAAAAAAACCUGGGGAAAAUGGAGUCUUUUAGUUCUUUAGUAGGACUUCAGAUGAACUAUCAGAGAAAAACCCUGUAAAAGAAACCUAAGCUAAAGUGUUGCAGCAUUUCUGAGCUGCCUUUGCUACUCCCGGGUCUCCACAAACCGCUGGAUUCUUGUUCUGUUACUGAAACGUUGAAAGCCGUGGAGUUCAUCCCGAGGCCGUUGAAACGGCCGCCGUGUUCAGAAGCUUCACCUUCUGCUCAGUCUGAAUGUUUCCUGAGAAAAGGUCAAAACUGUAUGAAUAAAAACCGAGUGCAGCUGAAACAGCGGCCGCGCUUCGCCGUGUCGUUGUCACUGCCGUCCGUCCACAGGCAUGUUCACUCACUUCUCUUUUUUUGCACUUUUAGGUUUGUUGUUUUGUCUCCAAUCAGAUGUUUUAUUCUGACUUCAGUUUGUGUGGAAACCUUCCUCACAAACUGAUCAAGAUGAUUUCACUUGAAGAGCAACAUGAACGUUUUAUUAAAAUAUGGAAUGGAGAUGUAUUGUUUCUGAUUAUGUUAAUAAAGUUUUUGAACAACU